AAAGAACUUUUGAGUCUUGUGAAUGAGGAACGUUGUUUUCUUCAGCGCUACCAAGAGUGCAGCAACCGAGAAAACACUGAGUCGCCCCUAGUGGCGAAAGUGCGAAUGCGAAACCGCUGGCUCGGUAUAAGAGCAGAGCCGCGGCAGAGAACCCUAGCCAUAGGGCACCAGCUCGCCUCCAGUGCUCACGGGUGAAGGCAAGUUAGAAAGAACCUGAGAUGUGACACUGAAAAUCAGUAGAAGAAAUACGCCACAUUUAUUCUACUGGGGAAGACAGUGGGUACGAAAAAAUACCGUAACAUUUAAAUUUAAAAUAAUUAAAUUUUUAAAAGCAAAUAGAAAUGAAAAUAAAAUACACCAAUAACCUUGCUCCCAGAACAAGAUACACCAAAAAAAAAAUAUUUUUUUUUGAGUAUACAUACAAAGAAUCCUACAAAGAAAUUGCAAACAGUGUCGAAUGGUGCAAUCCUACCAUUAUAUUUGUUAACACUAAACCCAUGCCUCUUGCGCCUAUCCGAAGUUUCCUCGGAUUAAGAACAGCCACGGUUAAACUGGUAUUUGCGACACCAAAAAUUAUCUGUAGCCUACGUACCCCAACUUCUACAUGAGUGAAAAAUCACCAGUAUAGCCAGGGCGAGAGUAUUGCGAAUUCUAACUUGGUAUGAUAAAAAAUUCCAGGCACUGCUAAAUUUUUUAAAUUGCAUUCUCCAGUACCCAGAUUAAUACAGGAGUUAUAAACCACACGGGUGGCGAUAAUGGGGGUUCUUAUUACGAAAGAGAAACUUGCUGCUACUAAAAUUAUGUAGGCAUGGUUAAAGUCAGAAAUGUUACGGCUAGAAAUCUCAAACUAGAAUACAUCUCAACUUGCUAGGGUAAGAAAUAGCUAAACUCUGACUUGGUCAGACUAAGAAAUCAGGAGUUUGAGAUCAGCCCAGGCAACCUGGCGAAACUCCGUCUCUAGGAAAAAUACUAAAAAUUACCCGGGCGUGGUGGCGUGUGCCUGUGGUCCCAGCUACUCCAGAGGCUGGGGUGGGAGGAUCGCUUCAGCCCGGGAGGCGGAGGUUGCAGUGAUCCGAGAUCGCGGCACUGCACACCAUCCUGGGCGACAGAGCCGGACCCCGUAUCAAGAAAGAAAAAGAAAAAGAACCAAAGAAAAAGAAAUUACCAUCGCACAGUUAAGUCUGCCUUGCUAAACAGUGACUUCUAGGAUCAAGAAAUCGCAGCCAGGGCUAGACCGGUGUUUGCCCUAAACCGGGACUUGCUUAGGCUGAGAAAUCACAUUUUGGCUAUUGAUUUGUACAAGAGGUAGCAAUCGCAGGCACCGCGAAAUCGAAACUUGCGAGAACCAAGAAGCCAACGACGCGCGAAACCGCAGAGGCCUGGGACAGAGACGCGAGCGGCGGCGCCGCCAGGGGACUGGGUUCUGGAGGCUAAGCCAGAACCCCUACGACGCCGCUCGCGGCGCUGUGAAGAGACGGCGCCCGCGCAGCUCCUCUGCCACUUGGCUCAGACGAGCGGCGGGCUCCCCCGCCCAGCGCCGCCGCCACCCGGGAACGCCAGACUCUGCGCAACUGGCUGCGACUCCAAGUCCCUCAGAUCAGCGACCAGAGCGCUGCCGCCACCGAGAAAAUGGAGGCACCGAGGAACAAGCUGUGCCGCCACCAAAAGAACUCGGCUCCGCGAAAUGGCGGUGCCGGGACUCUGCGAGUGACGCCAGCCGGAGGAGUUCCCAAGGGCAACAUCCGUUUUGGCGCAACCAACUGUGUUGUCACGGAGAAAAUGUCGACCCUCGGAAAAGAGAGGUUCUGCGACCGAGAAAUGCGGUGCAACAAGUGCUGUGACAGAAACCCUCCCCCCGGCUCGGCGCUGUUGGCGAAAGAGCCAACAAAACGCUGGGUGCUGCCACCGUGACACCGACUUUAGGACACGGGCCUCGGAUGGAGAAAGGAAGAGCACGGAGCCACCGCCUAACUUCCUAAUGUCUUCAAAUAGCGAAAGUGCUAACCGGAAACUGCCGGCUGGGUUUACCUAUUGGUGUUUCGCGUGGGACCAGCAGAUUCCAGAAACCAGAGGGACUGGAACCUAGUACACCUCGGCAAUUGGGAAAUGACCUACCAGGACAAAUAACUGCUUCUGGCUCCAUGGUGCUGCCCGUGAACAUCCGCCGGCUCUGAGAAACGAGCUGCACUGUCAAUGAGAAACCGUGGGCACUGAGAAAGGAGCGGGCUGCAACUGAUAACUGCCCACCCAUUGCCACUAGGACAAAGUGCUGCCGGCAUUACUCCCACCCUCCGUCCUCAAAUCAAUCCUCUCCCGCUUAAGAAGACCUUUAUUUUUCAUAGCGAAGUCAUACCGAGAGCCCCAGCAACCGACCCCUUGCGAUGUGCAUGGGAAAAGGAGGCAGUAUAGCGAUCGAGAAUCGGGCGGAUUAGGCUGGCCCUGGAAACAAAGUAAAAGCCAUCCGGGUCGCCAGCCGUCUUCCACUGCAAGAAACAAACCUUCCAGUGGCUGGGCUCCGCCCUUCUCCUUGGUCAGAGCCCUCCGGACUCCUAAGAGGAAGCCGACACCUCAUCCCUUUGGAAUUUGAAGCUCUCAGUCCAAGACCUCAGUGGAGAGUGAAAGACACAAUGCCGCCUGACCCAGGCUUCAGGCCUGCCCGGGCAGCUAGGUACCUCUCCAGGGGAUGGAACUCUGUGGGAACUGCUAUUUAAUUCUGAUGGUUAACUCUGUCAGAUGGCCUUGAUAUAUGGGAAUAAUCGUUGGAAGAGGGUAGAGGAAAUAAGAACCGCAAGACUCUAGCACAGGACGUGUGGAUUGAUGGAAGCCUGAAACUGCCAUUGAGCAGAAGGAAAACAUCCCUUUCCAGAAGCUUUCUCGUUUCUCUAAAAAUCUGCACUUUUGGAAGUGAUCCCCCAAAGAGACCUCCAGACUCUACCAUGAGUGUCUCCAGCUGAAUUCAUCAUGUCUAAUCCUCACCCUAGCUUAUCCUGUUCAAAUCAUUUCCAUCUUUUUCUGGAUGAAUCUGGGCGGAUGUCAGACCAGAGAAGAGCACAAAAUGCACCAGAGAGCAGCCCGAUGGCCAUGGAGGCUGAAGAGACGAUGGAAUGCCUUCAGGAGUUCCCUGAACAUCAUAAAAUGAUCCUGGACCGAUUGAAUGAACAGCGAGAGCAGGACCGCUUUACUGACAUCACCCUAAUUGUCGACGGACACCAUUUUAAGGCUCACAAGGCUGUUUUGGCUGCUUGUAGUAAGUUCUUCUACAAAUUCUUUCAGGAGUUUACCCAAGAACCUUUGGUGGAGAUAGAAGGUGUUAGUAAAAUGGCCUUUCGCCAUUUAAUUGAGUUCACAUAUACAGCAAAAUUAAUGAUACAAGGAGAAGAAGAAGCCAAUGAUGUAUGGAAAGCAGCAGAGUUUCUACAAAUGCUAGAAGCUAUCAAAGCCCUUGAAGUCAGGAACAAAGAAAAUUCAGCUCCAUUAGAGGAAAAUACCACAGGAAAAAAUGAGGCCAAAAAAAGGAAGAUUGCAGAAACUUCAAAUGUUAUCACUGAGUCAUUGCCAUCUGCAGAAUCAGAACCUGUUGAAAUUGAGGUAGAGAUUGCCGAAGGCACCAUUGAAGUGGAAGAUGAAGGCAUCGAAACAUUAGAGGAAAUGGCUUCUGCCAAGCAAUCCGUAAAGUACAUACAGAGCACAGGUUCCUCUGAUGAUUCUGCUCUAGCACUGUUGGCAGAUAUUACCAGCAAGUACCGUCAAGGUGACAGAAAAGGGCAGAUAAAAGAAGAUGGCUGUCCAUCUGACCCCACGAGCAAACAGGUAGAAGGUAUUGAAAUUGUGGAACUUCAGCUGUCACAUGUGAAGGACUUGUUCCAUUGUGAGAAAUGUAACCGUUCAUUUAAAUUGUUUUACCAUUUUAAGGAACACAUGAAAUCACACUCCACUGAGAGUUUCAAGUGUGAAAUAUGCAAUAAACGGUAUCUUCGAGAGAGCGCAUGGAAACAGCACCUAAAUUGUUACCACCUUGAAGAAGGUGGAGUCAGUAAGAAGCAAAGAACUGGGAAAAAAAUUCACGUAUGUCAGUACUGUGAGAAACAGUUUGACCAUUUUGGACAUUUUAAAGAACAUCUUCGAAAACAUACAGGUGAAAAACCUUUUGAAUGUCCAAAUUGUCAUGAACGAUUUGCUAGAAAUAGCACUCUUAAAUGUCACCUCACUGCAUGCCAAACUGGAGUAGGAGCAAAAAAAGGAAGGAAGAAACUCUACGAAUGCCAGGUCUGCAACAGUGUGUUUAACAGCUGGGACCAGUUCAAGGAUCACUUGGUGAUACACACUGGAGAUAAACCCAACCAUUGUACUUUAUGUGAUUUGUGGUUUAUGCAAGGAAAUGAAUUAAGGAGGCAUCUCAGUGAUGCUCACAAUAUUUCAGAGCGUCUAGUAACAGAAGAAGUUCUUUCAGUAGAAACACGUGUGCAAACUGAACCUGUAACAUCAAUGACUAUUAUAGAACAAGUUGGGAAGGUGCAUGUGCUACCAUUGCUUCAGGUUCAGGUGGAUUCAGCACAAGUGACUGUGGAACAAGUCCAUCCAGAUCUGCUUCAGGACAGCCAGGUGCACGAUUCACACAUGAGUGAGCUUCCAGAGCAGGUCCAAGUGAGUUAUCUAGAAGUGGGCCGAAUUCAGACUGAAGAAGGUACUGAAGUACAUGUAGAGGAGCUGCAUGUUGAACGGGUAAAUCAGAUGCCAGUGGAAGUACAAACUGAACUUCUAGAAGCAGAUUUGGACCAUGUGACCCCAGAAAUCAUGAACCAAGAGGAGAGAGAGUCUAGCCAAGCAGAUGCUGCUAAGGCUGCCAGAGAAGAUCACCAAGAUGCUGAGGAUUUAGAGACCAAGCCAGCAGUGGAUUCUGAAACUGAAAAGGCCAAGAAUGAGGACAGAACAGCUAUGCCAGUUUUAGAAUGAAAUUACACAUGAAUAUAUUUUUAAAUUUACUUAUUGGGUUUUUGAACUGAUUAUGGGCAGUAUGACUGUCCUUAAGCCUAACAGACAAGUGGACCAAAGUUAAGCUGUUUCCUGUUGUGCUGAACUGUUUCUGUUGAAACACAUUGAUUCCCCUCCCCCUACUUAAUGCCACAGAGGAGGGAUCUUUUCCAUAACUGAAGGGGAGUUUUGAGAAGUAUAUUUCUGGAAACUUAAAUGGAUUAUAUUCUUAUUAUAUAGUUGGGUACGAAUGUAUCUAUUUUCAUUGUGGUAAAAGUUCUUCCUUUUCUCUUUCCCAGGUCAUGUUCUUCCUCAAAUUUUUUCCAUAUUGUAAAAUCAAACUUAAAUCAUUAGAAUACAAGUGUAUGUAUUCUAAUGCAUGUUAGAAAAUUGAAUAAUAUAGGAAACACAAGGCUGCAUGAUGAAAAGUGCAUUGUUACUGUGCAGUAAAUUUUGGCUUCUGGCUUUCUUUAGUUUGAACAAACGUUCUUGUCUACCCCAGUAGUCACAGAUGCCAUCUCUGCAACAGAAAGAGUGGUGGUGGCAAAAGUUCUAGAAUGUUUAAAAAAAAAAAAAAAAAAAACACCCAUGUGCCUUCUGAAAACCAACUAAACUUCUAUAAAGCAUCUCUGGUUCUUUCAAAGUUUGUGUUGUAAGGAGCAAUGUAGAUGAUGCUAUAAUACUUUAUAUUUUUGCUUAUAAUGACAGCCACCAGUUCUUUUUCACUUAGGUUGAGAAAUUUUAUUUAAUGGCCACUGAAGGGCCAUUUUCAAUUGGGAAAAUGUAUUUACAUCUGUGGUAAACUUUAUUUUGAUGAAAAGUUGCACUAGUAUUUUACCACCAGAUGAAAAAAAGAUGAGCAGCAUUUAAAAAUUAAUGUAUUUAAAAUAAAGUACAGAGAAAGACAUGUAUAUAAUUAUCAGGCUUUGUUUUGAAUGGAAUCUUUUCCCCCGAUCCUUAAUGUAAAGAUCUUGUGCUAUAACUUUUAAAGCCAUACAAAUAAGAGUGCUAAACUGUGGACUUAAAAGUAGGUGUGUAAAUAUUUUUAAUCAGUAUUACUUGGAAAAUAAAAUAUAACAAACACGUAAACCAAUAUGCUAUUUUCUUUACCUGUUAAAUAUUAGGAGUUCUUUACAUUUUUUAAGUAAAGUUUAAAAUUAUG